UUUAGAUAUGGAACAGUUGAUUUUGUUUAUUUUUUAACAAAAUGCUUAUGUUGGGGAAAACCCGGAAACAAGAAUGGAAUUUUGGGGUUAUUCAACAAGGUUGAAUCUUUAAUAGUAGGUCAAUAUAGUUUUAUCCUAGAAUUUUACAAUGUGUUACCCAUUAACGUAUAUUAUGUAUAUUUUAUUCAAAACUAUACACAAAAUGUGUAUUUAGGGGGUAGCUUUGUUCUACCUUCUGUAAUUGUGCCAUGCUUUCAACUACCUUUUUAUUCUUCGUUCAAUUGGACUUGUUCAUUAUGAACUAUACAAAUGUGGAAUGUUUUGACGUUAAAAGUAAACAGCUGACGGUAAUAUGAGAUCUAUUAAUGCUGCCAAGGGUGUAGUAAAGUAACUUGUUGAUUAUUUUCGUGAAAAUUGUUAUUUAUUAAAAUAUGAUGCUGGAUGUGUAUUGGCUAUGAUAGUAGAAAUAAUACAUAGCAAAAUCUAACGUAAACCACCAAAGAUAUAUAUAAAGGAGGCGUGAUAGAAUGUCGGCAAAUUAUACGCGAGAUACGGAACUGAGAAAUGUACAAUCAAACGAUUUGUACCAAUUGGCCGUCAUUUUAGAUGAUAACAACUAUUGGCAAAAAUUGAUGGAAAGCAUACCAAAAACUAUAAAUAAUAAACUCUAUGGUCCAUCAUGUAACAUCUAUGAUGAUGUGUACUCCAGUGCUCCCCUAGCUAUCAGUGAAAGAAAAUACAACAAUGAUCAUAUACGUCUUAUACAAAAUGCCUAUAAACGGACAGGAGAAUUGUGUGCCGAGUUGUUGUUUGAUGAGUGGGGUACUUCUGGACGAAAACAUGAACGCCCUACCCUAGGCUUACUAUUAUAUUUACUUGUAAAAGCUCAUUUGUUUCGUGGCGCUGAUUAUGUAGCAGAAACAUUACUAAAAGAGGAAAAACCUCCAAGGCCAAUAGAGGGUCCGGCCGCCGAAAUUUCUUGUGGAUUUCCUUCUUCAAUAUUUGCCAACGUUAAGGAUAUUGUAGAGGACAGCCAAUAUUAUCCUGGCACUGAAUUGCUACAACAGAAUGCCAAUUUUGAGAGUAGUACAAUGGACAACAAUAAAGAUUACUAUACUAAAUAUAAGGGCCCAAUUGAUAAAUAUUUUGCACCAUCAUUUUCUUCUAACAACGAUAACGCUGAGGCCCCAAAACCACCCCCACGAUUGUUACGAUCAGCAAGGCUGAUGAAGCAACAAAUGCUACAAAAUACUCAGCCUCGGCAACCUGAAAACACUGAGCCAACAGCCACUUUGACAAAUCAACGUGAAGCGAAUUCUAUUGAAACAUCGAAUGGUGAAGCCUCGUCAAUAACAACAGAUAAUUUGCCGAAUUUUUCCUUACUAAUGAAGUCCUCCAACAGCAUUAGAAACGAUUCUACUCCGAAAUUAAGCUUUUUAAUUGGAAAUUCGGUCAUUUUAUCUCAGUCAACUGAUGAAAACAAUGGCAUACAUAUUCCAGAUACACGUAGCACAGAAGCCUGUUUACCCUCCAAUGAUAUUGAUGAUGUGCAAACAAGUCAAGACCUGCCAGCAAUAAGCGCCUUAAAUUUAAAUGGCGAAAGAGACGUAUCCCAUGAUGUGAAUAACUUGGAGGAUGAUGUGCCAUCGGUGGCAUUAAAUUUUUAUGCCAACAGUCCAAUAAACUCUAGAAGCAUUGAUAUAGCAUCUAACGAAGUACCCUGUGUGGUAGAAUCCAUGGGCCAUGAGAUGAAUACACAACUUUCAGAAAUUGAUAACGAGACUGACAAUUCGGACGACGACGAUAUUGAUGAUGACGACGCGGAUGUGCCAAAUUUAAGCAUUUUUAAUGAUUCCAGUUUAACGAGUGUAACCAACACAAGUGCAGAAAAUAGCUUCGAGCAGAACAAUGAUAGCAGGCCAACAUCAGCUGAUAACAUUCCACCUAUACAUUCCGAAUGCAUUCCGACUCUAAAUUGACUUGUAAUAAAAACUCAACAAUUGUGUUAGUA